AUGGGUUAUGUAGGUGGGGAGUUCCAGGACCGAAGGGGAAAGAACAGAGUUGAGAUCAAGGAAGAAGAGCAGCCCCGCCCCCCUUCAUCACCCAUCUCCCCUGUAGCUACUGCAGGCUUCAUUAAGCAGCUGGUCCAAGAAACCGAGAAGGAGGCAAAAGUAGCACGGGAACAUGAGAAGGAACGACGGCAUGAGCUCCAGCGACCGGCUAAGUUGGAUGACAGUGUGGUUCAAUAUUUUUUACAUUUAACUCAGAAUGAGAGCCAGCCAGUAGAUGAGGCAAUGGAUAGUGGAGCCCAGCUAUUAGUGAAUGGUCACCAUGGCAAUGGGCCUGAGGGUCAGUCUGCGCCACCCCCCGAGAAAAAGGCCGAAUGCAAACGACCAAAACUGUUUCAGAAACCCAAAGGAACCCAAGUGAGGGGACUAUCAGCAGGUAAAUGCACCACCGAACUGGAAAAGCCAGGCAGUCCUCAGCAAAAUAAUGGCUCAUUCCCAAACAGUCAAGGCCCGGUUGUUAUGGAAACCAAUGCCAGCACGCAGCAGCCCAGCAGAAAUGAGGAGCUAUUAUCAAUGGAAAAUGGGACAUCUCAACUGGACACAGGGAAACUUUCACAAGAGCCCAGUUCUCAAGAAACUGAGAGCCCAGAGGUGGAGAAUGUAACGGAACGCACAAGAGAAAGUCUCAUCGAUCACGAAACAAAUCGAGGGACUGAGGAAAGUCGAGUGGAUUUAAAGAAGGUGAGCGAAGAUGUUUGGUAUGAGACUGACCAGGUCUGGUAUGUCAACAAAGAAGGAUUCACUUUAGCCACAGUGCUCAAACCAGAUGUUGGAACACCUGAGCUUCCUGAUGGCCAGGCCCGAAUCCGCAUUGAGAGUGACAAUAAGAUCAUAGACACAGAUGAAGAGUUCAUUCACAAAACGAACCCAUCCAAAUUAGAUUAUGCUGAGGACCUUGCACAGCUCAUUGCCUUGAACGAGUCCAGCGUUCUCCACGUACUGCAGCAUCGCUAUGGGUCCCAGCUGAUCCACACAAAGGGAGGCCCGAAUCUCAUCAUCGUCAAACCACCAAGCAACAUUUCCAACUACUCCGCAAAGCUGUUCAAGGGGAAGAAGGAUGGAAUGCCACCUCAUAUCUUUGCUGUGGCACAGAGAGCCUAUUGGAACAUGCUGAUCCAUCGGAAGGACCAGAGCAUCAUUCCCUUGGGAUGGAGCGGUGCUGGGAAGACUACAAGCUGCCAGUGUGCUCUUGAGUACCUUGUUGGUACAGCUGGCAGUGUGGGCACAACAGUGACAGUGGAGAAGAUCCAAGCGAUGUUUACCAUCCUCCGGGCUUUUGGCACCAGGUCCAGUCCUCACAAUGACACCACAACGCGAUUCUCCAUGGUUGUAUCACUGGACUUCAAUCAAGCUGGGCUUGUAUCUGCAGCUCACCUCCAGACAAUGUUACUGGAGCGAAUUCAUGUACCACAGCAAGCAAAUUAUGCGGGAUCGUUUAAUGUCUUCUACCAGAUGCUGGCUGGCUUGGAUCGAUCUCUCAGGACUGAGCUACAUUUGCACCAAAUGGCAGACAGCCAUAUAUUUGGAAUUUUACCAUUGGCAAAGGGAGAAGAGAGGCAGAGAGCAUCGUCGGCGUUCAGCAGACUACAGGCAGCGAUGGAGACACUGGGAUUCACAGCACAAGAGCAAAUGGCCAUUUGGCAUGUACUGGCAGCCAUCUACCACCUUGGAGCUGCUGGGGCAUGUAAAGGUCCUCGUUUGACGGGUUUGGAAUGUGUGGAAGGAAUGGCUGCUGGAUUAUACGAGGAACUGUUUACCAUUAUUGUCAUGCUCAUCAACAGGUCAGUUUCUUCUCAGCAGUUGUCCCUGACAUCUAUCAUGGUGGUGGACACGCCCGGCUUUCAGAACCCGCGCCACGUAAACAGGGACAGAGCAGCCACAUUUGAAGAGCUGUGUCACAAUUACGUACACGAGCGACUACAGAUGCUUUUCUACGAGCGCACCUUUGUAUCUCAGCUGGAUAGGUUCAAGGAGGAAAAGGUUCAGGUGACAAUUGACAUGACUGAAACCUCUCCAGCAUCUACAGUGGCUGUCAUCGAUCAAACCUCAAACCAAUUCAAGGUUCAGCCAUCUACACGGGAUGAGGAACCCAAAGGUCUUCUCUGGAUUCUGGAUGAAGCGGCGUUAGUUCAAGGAUCCAAUGAUGCCACUGUCCUUGACCGCUUCUGUUCCUACUUUGAGAAGAAGGGAGUUGACAAAGAAGAGAACCAGCCAGUGAGGAGGUGCGAGCAGGAACAGCAGUUUGUGAUUGCACACCAGCUCGGUACAGAUCCUGUGAGGUAUGACCUGACAGGCUGGAUCAACAAAGCCAAGCAAAACCUCUCAUUGGAGAACGCCAGCCAGCUACUGCAGGAAUCCAGACUUGAAUUCCUCAAGCGACUUUUCUCUUCACGAUCUAAAAUCCCGAUGAUAUGUCGGUCAGUGUCUGGUUUGGAAGGCACUUCCCAGCAGGCUUUGCAAAGGAUAGGUUGUGUCCGGAAGACAUUCAGCACUAGCUUUGCAGCUGUGAAGAGAAGUUCUGUAUGUGCACGAAUCAAGCUACAAGUGGAUGUUCUUACAAACCUUACGAAGCGUUCUGAAGCACACUUUGUCCACUGCUUUGUAGCAAGACGAGAGGAGAAUGAUACAGAAGGGAAAAUGCCUGCUAGUCAAAGACCUGAAGCUGUAGCAGAGGCACAGAACAGCAAAGAACAUCCACUCGACGCAUUUGACAUCCCAACACUGAGGACACAGCUCCAGGGAACGCAGUUACUGGACGCACUUCGUCUCUACAGGCUAGGAUUCCCUGAUCACAUGGUCCAUGGCGAAUUCCGGCGUCGGUUCCAGGCUCUGGCUCCAGCUAUCGUGAAGAAAUAUGGAGCAGCAUUUAUGGUCACAGAUGAGAGGAAGGCUAUGGAAGAAUUGCUUACCUUGCUGGAUUUGGAGAAACACAGCUUUUUUAUGGGUCGGAGUCGGGUCUUCUUCAAAGCUGGGGUUGUUUCCCGCCUGGAGAAACAGCGUGAGAAGCUGAUUUGCCGGAACCUGAUCUUGCUACAGGCCACGUGUCAGGGAUUUCUUGGGCGCCAGCAAUUCAAGAAGAUGAAGACCCAGCGUUUAGCUCUUUGUUGUAUUCAGAAGAACAUUAAGAAAUAUUUGACGAUCCGUCAGUGGCAGUGGUGGCAGAUGAUAUCCAGUAUCCGUCCGAUGCUCAGCGUUAACUUGGUUGAUGAAAAGCUUCGAGUCAAAGAGGAUGAGGUUAAUGCAUUGCGACAGAAGUUGGAGAAAUCUCAACGGGAACGAAAUGAGAUCCAAGAAAACACCGAUUUACUCGAGGGCAAGAUUUCAGACCUUACGGCAGAGCUGGCAGACGAACGGUUUAAGGGGGAUGUGACCUGUCGGAUACUAGAGAGCGAGCGAGCCGAGAGACUGCAACUGUCCCAGGAACUGAAGGACAUGCAGACUAAAUAUGAGAAGGUGGUGACGAAUUUAAAUGCUGUGGAGAAGCAGUUGGAGGAAGCGCGGCAGCAACUACAGAUGAGGCAGCUGGGAAAUGCAGCGACAGGUAAAACAGAAGAAUGGAAAAUGCGCUAUGACUGCACUUUACUGGAAAUGGAGUUUCUCAGGAAACGAGUCCAUACGUUUGAGGAAAGAAUUGCUUCAGAAUUGCAGAUCAGAAAGGAACUGGAACAAAAGCUGACAGACCUCCAAGAAAGUUAUGAGAGUGCAAAGCGGAAUGUUCAACAGUUAAGGAGAAAGAGCAAGUGUUUGACCUCAGAACUGGAGGACACUAAAGUGCUGAUGGAAAGUCAACAGAGCCGGAACCACGAGCUGGAGAAAAAACAGAAAAGGUUCGACAUGGAGCUGGCUCAGGCUCUGGGGGAAGCUGCCUUCGAGAAGACCCUUCGUGAGAAAGUUGUCCAAGAAAACCAAGCAUUGCGGACAGAGCUUUAUCGGGCACAACAGAAUCUGCAGGGAAAGGAAUCUGAGGUCACAACAUUAAAUGAGAAAAUAGCAGAACUGAAACUGGAACUGGGUGACCUGACAUCCUGUGAGCCGCAGAGCAAGGAGACCAUGGCCCAGAUAAAGAAGCAACUUCGACAACUGGAGGCAACGACAAAGGAGCAAAGUAAAGAGAUCAGUGAACAAGUGGGAACUAUAGAACAACUGGAACAGACACAUCUACGGUUUGAAAUCGAGAUGGAACGACUGAAGGAGAUUCAUCUGAAGGAACUGGAAGACAAGGAGGAAGAGCUGGAGGAUGUUCGCAAGUCGUGCCAGAGAAGGCUCCGUCAGUUGGAGAUGCAGCUGGAGCAGGAGUUUGAGGAACGCCAGCUGGUCCUUCAUGAGAAACAGGACUUGGAGAGUUUGGUUGGAACCCUCUGUGAGCAGAUAGGUCACCGAGACUUUGACGUGGAGAAACGGUUGCGCAAGGAUUUACGACGCAAGAAUGCCCUCCUGGCUGAUGCUCAGCUGCUGCUGGGUACGAUGCAGAAUCCUGGUCAAACCAUCAACAAACAGGAGGUGGACAAACUCCAGAUGCAGUUAGACGAAAGCGUGGCUCGCUAUGCGGAGACAGAGAAAGUUUACAAAUCUACGUUGCAGGAAUUGGAAAACCUCCACGUUCAGCUGGAAAAUAUUCAGAGAAACAAGAACACGGUCGAUGAGCAGUUAUACCAAUUGGAGCAUGAAAAGGCUGAUCUGCUGAAACGCCUCGAAGAGGACCAGGAGGAUCUGAAUGGACUCAUGAAGAAACAUAAGGACCUGAUAGCUCAGUCAUCCAAUGACAUUGCGCAGAUACAGGAGCUACAAGGUCAAUUGGAAGAAGCUACAAAGGAAAAGCAAAGUUUUGAAGAAAAGCUCCAGAUUGCUCAGAACAGGAUAGAAUACAUGGAACAGUCGAUGGUGGAGCGGGGAAUUGUAAGUCGACAGGAAGCUAUCAUCUGUGAUCUAGAGAACAAACUCGAGUUCCAGAGGGCCCAGCUGAAGAGAUUUGAGACGUUGGUCCUACGUUUGCGGGACAACAUGAUAAAGAUGGGUGAGGAACUGGAACAGGCAGCCGAGGCUGAGGCUCGGGAGAAGGAGACUGCAAAACGUGUCCAACAGCGGAUGGAGGAGAUGAAAACAGAGAUGGAUGACCUUGUUGAGAGGGAGCAGGAAGCCUCUCGAAGAUGUAUGGAACUAGCAUCUCAGGUGGAGAGCCUGACGGCGAUGAAACAAACCUUGCAAGCAGAUCUCGAAACAUCAAUAAAACGUAUUGCUGACCUGCAGACAGCGUUGGAGGAGGAAUCCAGUGAUGAAAGUGAUGAUGAAGCAGAAAGCCGAUCAAGCAUGGGAUCCCUUCUGAGUGAAGACCUCAGCGUUGGGACAAGGUCAUGGCUGGGAUUGUCCGCUGGGGGUCGAUCACCCACAUCAGGAGGCAGUGUGGCUGGGAGUCUCUGCAGGGCAUCGGCAGCUGACAGCAUCGGUCUUCACCACUUGAGGAUCGGCAGGGAUAGUAUGGAUCAAGAUACCAGUAGGCCAGGCUCUUCAGUGAGCAUGAGGAGCUUUAGAAGCCGAGAAUAUGAUCAGACUCCUGUUGAUCGACCUGCAUCUCUAUCCAGUUGGAGAUCUCAUCCAGAAGAGGAAAAAUCCCCCCGUUCCUCCGUGGCUUUAUCGGAAUUUGUGGAGGAGUUAAGGAGAAAACGUGCCGGAGCACGGGAGCAGAGUGGUCUCCAGAUGGAAGAGAGUUCCUCUCUGCCUAUCUACCAGACUGCAGGUAUCUCUUCACUUAGAAAGCGCCCAUCCAUUAGGGAUGAUGAUGAUCCAUUGCUGAAGUUUCAGACUAUGAGUCUUUCAGAGAAUCGAAGAUUUCCUGCCAGUUAUCAAGAAGGAACUAGGUUAGUCCGUUCAGCCAGCCUUCGGUCUUUGACAUCCAGCAGUGAAGUACCCGAAUCUUUAGCCACAGCGAAGAGAAACAGAUGUGUUUCAUUUGAGAAUUUAGCCGAGCCUCGCAAUGGUACUGGUCCCACCUUUCAAAAGCCAACCUUUACUGCCAGAGACACGGAGGAGGUAACUCCCCCCAGGCUAAAACCACCACGCAAGUGGCUUGAACUGUCAAUCGAAGAAGAUAUUGAUGAGGUCCUUAGCAAUCAGCCAAUUGUGUUCAAAAGUAAACAAUUCAGUGGCCUUCCUAAUGAGGAUGGGGAAGGGGAAAGUUCCAACUGGAAACUUCCAAGCCUGAGCUAUGAACGGAAAAGGGAUGAUGAUAAUGACAGUGAUAUUCUUCCUGCAAUUCGAAGGCUUCCGUUCAAACACAGGACCACACCGAAGAGUGAGCGGGGCUCUAGAUCUCCCACUGCUGACUUUGACAACUUGGCUUCCAAAGAUAAGACCAGUUUGAUCCCAUUAAGGAAGAUUAUGGCAGUCAAGCCAUGCAUGUCCAAAGGAGACAAGGAUGCACUUGGUAACUUGUCUGACUCCUCUUCAUCCUCUGGUUCAACUAUUUCGUACAAAAGUGCAGACAGCAUCAAGAACCGUCCUGGGCUCCGCAGGUCAACAGAUGAGAGAUCAACUGCAACAGCACAGGCGAAUCGAGACUUCAAUUCACAGGCAGAAAAAAGGUCUGAGGAGGAGCCAGCAGCUGAGGACAUCAAUUCUGUGAUGAUGAAAUACUUGGCAAAGCCAGACAAAGAAUAAGAAUCUCUGAUCUAAGACUUCUGGCUGCACAAUUGCCUAGAACACUGAAGCUGGGACAAAGAAUCACAACCAGACAGCGCUAAUCCGUUCCAAGAGACACCUUGAG